AUGAUCACUUUUGCUUCGAAUUCGAGAAGCAUGGUUGUUACUUGGGUACAAAUAUUUGUCACAUGUGGUAUGCUAUCAGCACAAGACCCUCCUAGAAUAUCGGUAAAGGACUGGUCUUGUGGAUUCACCGAAACUCAUAAGCAAUUUACCUACGAUUUAUUAGAAGGCAGUUGCGCGAAAUAUAAAGCCGAGGUAAACAUUUGCUGUGCUAAGCAUAAAGACUGUCUCAAACGAAUCCAGAAAAAAGAAUUCGAGAAGAAAAUGAAAAAAUGCAAUUCCGACUUAUGCUUAUGCUUAGAGCUACCAGCUGAAAGGAAGGAUGGAUGUGGCUACAAAGUUUACGAAAGCUGUCAUAAUGCACGCAUGAACAUCAAAUUCAUAGAAGAUAAAAUGAAAAAUAUAGACCACGAUUACAAAAAAGUAAUGCCUCACGGAUUACAAAGAAAAGGCGUUCAUAAAGUCUAUGAUACAUGUGGAGCUACACAGAAAUAUACCACAAGAGCUUGCGCGGUUAGUCAUAAUGAUUGUCUUCUGAGAGGAGGAGGAAAUGAGUGCACAGAUGAAUUCAAGCAUUGCAUGGCUUGCUCAAAUGUGAAGAUCAUUAGCUCACAGCAAGGGCAAAGGUGUCAAUUGGCAAUAGAUGGACUUCAGCUAGACCAUUCGGUGCCUAUCACUUCACCAAAACCAGUACCAACACUAUCACCAACAUUGGCUCCGGCGCCUAUUGCAAAAAAUGUAACUUUACCAUCAAUGAUAAUCAAUGUGAAAAAGAAUUCUGCUACAGUUUCGGUUCUCAGUACAGCUGUUUUUGUCAUCGUUGCAUUCCUAUCUGCAAUAGAUUUGAUCAAUAACAUGCCCAAUCUUGAACAAGGAAAGCAGCAAAAAAUGAAUUUGGAGAAAGCUCUACCAUCUACAGAACUAGCUGCUCAUCCUGUGGACAAGUCGUAUUUUUCGAGCAAAGAAGCAAUCGAGUGUUUUUGA